AUGACAUGGCUUGCCCAUAAGGCGGUAACGCGCGGUCUGCUAAUACGACAAGGGGCAAAACUGAAGCGCCAAUUGACAGAAAAGAGCAGGACCCUACUGACCGACUUAAAACAGGCAGAAACACGACACAAGGCCUCUCCCACACACUCCAACAGGCAGGAGGUACAGAAGAUAAGGGCCACCACAGAAGCACUACAGAUGCAGCAAGUAGAACGGGCAAUUUGUAAAAUGAAAACCAACUACUAUAGACAGGGAAAUAGAGCGGGCAAAAUAUUAACCUCCCAACUCAGGGAACGCACCUCACAGGCAAAGAUCCCAUAUAUCAAUGACGACACAGGCACCAAAAUUUUACGCAGGGCUAUGUAA